GCUUGAAUUCUAGAUUUCAAACUUAAAUUGCUGAGUUGAAAAACUUUUUUUAUUGAGUUAUAUUUGCAUCUAUGUUUCGUGUUGCUGUAUGGCAUUUCUACAGACUGUCAUGAGGAGAUUGCUGCUGUGGAGAGUUUAUGGUCCACGGGGACAAUUACAUAUGUUAGUGUGUGAUUGUGAGAAUAAGGGACUUAAGGAUUUGAAAGGAUAUAAUUUUCUUCCCUGUUUGUUGUGAUCUGCCUUAAUUUUUCAUUCUCAAACAAAUUUUGCUUGAUAUAAGAUUAAGACCAUGGUAUGAUUGGAGGAAAGCUUAAAUUAUUUAAGUAAUACAGUUGCUCCAGAAUGGGUUUGGGAAAGGAUUCUGUUGCAUAAGUGCAACCUGAGGUUUUCCUCUUGCCGGCGGCUCCUCUUGUUGCAUUGGAAUGUCACCAUGGUUCCUUCCCAUUGGUCGGAGGUGUUUGUCCAGAUGUUUGGCUGUUCCAUAAAAGAUAGAGAUCACUGGGUACUGUGUGCAUUUGGGAAGUGCAGCAGCAAAGAAAAAUGACACAACGUGUUUAUUUCAUUAUCUUAUUUUUGUGUCUUGGAUUAAUGAAUCCAUUUGCUACUGGAAUUUUUAUGGACAAGCUUGCCAGCAAGAAGCUGUGUGCUGAUGACGACUGUCUCUACACCAUUUCCCUUGUCAGAGCAGAAGAGGAUUAUAAUGCUCCAGACUGCAGAUUCAUUAAUAUUAAAAAAGGGCAGUUGAUUUAUGUUUACUCAAAACUAGUGAAAGAAAAAGAAUCUGGAGAAUUCUGGGCUGGAAGUGUUUAUGGAGAAGAGUAUGAAGACCAUAUGGGGACAGUUGGUUAUUUCCCUCGCAGUUUAGUCUCAGAACAACAUGUCUAUCAAGAAGCAAAUAAGACCGUUCCUACAACGGACAUUGAUUUCUUCUGUGAGUAGUGCUGAAGAUGGCUAGGUAAUCUCCGGGGUGCUAUCAAGAAAUGCUGACAAAGAAACUUGGAACCCUUCACCGAACACCAGCUUUUUUUUUUUCUUUAAUACCUAAUUGUAAAAUAAGUUGUCUUUCAAGUGCAAAAGUUGAUUUAAAGGCAGUGAUUUGGGAUGGGGAAAUAGUCUUAUGUGGGAUUUAUUCUUUAGAAAUUAUUUACCUGCGUAUACCUGUGAAUGCCUCUAUAAGCCUUUGCAUUAUUUUGAGUAGUACAAACUAUAUGUAGAAUUUAGACUUGAUCUGCAUUUUCCUUCCAUAACCUUAUCUACAUAUUAAAUAAACAUUGAAAAAGCCCUUCCUUUGUUGAGCAAUGUGUGACUUGAUGGUUUUUCUUGCAAGAGUUAUACUGCAGUGGACAAACUGGCAGAAAGAAAACCAUGAGCAUUAUUUUGUGUAAGGAGCAAUCCCUGCCCUCAGUGCUGAUAGUUAUGGGGCGUGCUUGAGCUGAAGCAUCUCUCUGAAUACCUCAUGUUGUUGUUGUUCACAUUUCUGCAAAUAUUGGGUUUAUUUUCAGUGGA